ACUGCCAGUAGUGGUGGGACUUCUGACCAUCUAUCUGUUUGUGUCCACUAAGGUGAGGGGGGGGCAUUAAAUGAACUCUAAUUGUCCAUCGUCAUCUCUAGAAUUUGUUUCUCUCUCUAAUUUUAUUUUAGUUGUGAUCCAUAACUCCUCCUGUAGUAAGGCCUUUGUAUGAGAGAGACCUGCCAUUGAUAUGCACGUGGACAUUGCCAGUAUCUGACAGCACCAAAUUGAUUCAAACCAAUUAGGACAAAAUACCAGUGGUGCGAUUUUUACACAAAGCCAAAAUAAUAUAAAUAUAUUGAUCUAUUGGCAUAUACAGCCCAAAACAGGUCAUGCACAGACAUUCCCCCCUAUAUACACUCUCUCUAACACACAUACACACACACACUAAACAGGAUGUAGGGAACUGCUAGUUAUCAGAUCAUGUUACCACUUACCUGUAGUCCAGCAGGGCAGAAAUAGUACCAUGCCACCUGCUGCCUGGAUCCUGUUGCAUUUCCAAUCACUUAAAGAGGGGCUGAUUAAUUCAAUUAUUCAGUCAUCCAUUUUCAUGGCUUAGCAGAAUACAGCAUGUUUUUGUUUAUUUACCCCAGCCUUCCAGCAAUAAUGUAUAUUGUUGAUGAAAGAGGAGACUUAAAAGUCCUUGCUUUUUCAAUAAUAUCCUGAACCCACAUCUGGCAAUUAAGCUGAACAGGGUACAUUCAGACUCGCUUUGUUAACUUAUGUCAUGAUGCUUCAGGACAUUUUGGCACAUUUCUGGUUGCAGUGGUCCUGUCAUGACAUAAAAUCCAAUUUAAAUGUUGAACACAAGCUUUGUUACUCUUGAUUUUUGUAUAUUGAUGCAAAUCAAAAUCCCACAACCAGAAAUAACAAUAAGUCCCCCACUUCAGCCUCCCUAUUGCAUCUCCCUUCUCCCCAUUUUCUUGCUGUACCAGCACCUGAUCAUACACUCCUGUCUUGCCUUGAUGCUACUGUACAUGUGUGAGAGGGAGACAUUGUACAUAUGGUGUACUUUUCAACCUUGUUCGGCAGCUUAUAUGUCUUAACUUGGAGCACCAGACUCCAUCGUCAUCAAUAAAUGGUUAUCAGACAGGCAAAUUAUUAUUCUGUGCAGUCUGUGACUGUAAACCUCACACUCUUUUUUGUUGCGUGUAAUGUUAGCAAGAGGAAUAGAGGGGAGAAAACGCAGGGCAAAUUGUUGUCCUCCUUGGUGGCUUUUGUUCCUCUGUGUCUUUGUAGGGCUUGCACUUGCUCAGUGGAGCACAGCAUUUAAGUGGGCCACAAGGGAGUGCCUGAAUGGUGAGGCAGGAGGUGUGUUAGUGUGUGUAUAUGUGUGUGUAUGUGUGUGGGUGUGUAUGUAUGUGUGUUUGUGGAGGGGGUUGGGGUGAGGCAACAAGAGUGUGUUGUGAUGCAGGGGCUCUUUUCCUUGAUUAGUUGGGCUCAGUUGGGGCCAUGUACUUUGGCUUUCAAACUGCACUGUAGAAUAUAAGUCUACAUUCUCCUCUCUUCACCAGUCCUUUUUUUUUAGCAUUGGGAUGUAGUAAGCCGAUGGCUACAGUUUGACUAUAUGGCAUGACAUUUUUAUCACUUUGGUAGCCUGCAUCCAGUGGCUUUCACACUUCAGAGUAAAGGCGUGUGUGCUGCAGUAUGUUAAUUAUAUGUGUACUCAGGCUUUUUUUGGGAAUUGUCAUAAUGUACUUGUCAGAAUCACAGAAUAUAAACUGGAUAGUAGUUUAUUUGUCCAACAGCCAGACUGCAGCCUGUCUAGCAACAGCCUGCAGACGUCUGACAGUGAUAGUGUAUAUAUACAUAUUCCCCUCCCCAAGGUGUUUAAAAUAGCCAUGCUGAAAGCAGAAGGCUUUGCGUUAAUGAAUCUCAGUGCCCCUGUGUGUUUCAAGAAAAUGCAGUUUUUUUUCCCCGACUGCUUUUCUGUAUCUUACACUCAGUGCACCAAGAAAGACUGACUCAGCUUUGUAGUCCAACUUUGAGGUUAGUCACCCAUGCACAAAUAAACUGAUAGCCUUCAACCAGCCAGUGUGAUAUUGAAGAUAAAGGGAAGAAGCAGGCUGUCCCUGGAGAGAGUCGAAGCUGUUAGGAAACCCAGCUUAAUUAACCAAGAGAGGCUUGUUCAUGGAAACUGUGAUGGGGAGGAGGUGGCCUUCCCCUGGAAGGAACGAGGCGCCAUGCAGACCCCUGAAGCAGGCGCUGACUCCACCUCCACUGUCCCUCUUCAGACCACUGUGCCUGUCCAGCCUACCGGCUCCACCCAGCAGGUGCCUGUCCAGCAACAGGCCCAGACUGUUCAACAGGUUCAGCAUGUUUACCCAGCACAGGUGCAGUAUGUGGAAGAAAACAGUGGCGUCUACACCAAUGGCAACAUAAGAACCUACACAUACUCGGAGCCCCAGCUGUAUAGCCAGAACAGUGGAGGGAGCUACUUUGACACACAGGGCAGCUCAUCACAAGUGUCCACCGUGGUGACAUCUCACGGCAUGACCAACAACGGAGGAGGGGGCAGUGGAGGAAUGAGCAUGGGCCUGGCAGGGGGUCAGGUAAUCAGCAGCAGUUCCGGGGCCUACCUCAUGGACAACACUGGACCCCACCCUGCCACCCAGACGGCACGAGCUUCCCCAGCUACUAUUGAAAUGGCGAUUGAGACGCUCCAAAAAUCUGAGGGUUUAUCCAGUCAGAGAAGCUCGCUGCUCAACAGCCAUCUCCAGUGGCUGUUGGACAAUUAUGAGACAGCAGAGGGCGUAAGUCUGCCACGAUCCACCCUCUACAAUCAUUAUCUGCGCCACUGCCAGGAGCAGAAACUGGACCCUGUAAAUGCAGCCUCUUUUGGCAAACUCAUCCGCUCCAUCUUCAUGGGACUCCGUACAAGGCGCCUCGGGACAAGAGGGAACUCCAAAUAUCAUUACUAUGGUAUACGUGUAAAACCAGAUUCCCCGCUAAAUAGACUCCAAGAAGACAUGCAGUAUAUGGCCCUCAGACAGCAACCUGUUCAGCAGAAACAGAGGUUCAAACCGGUGCAGAAGUUUGAUGCUGGCUCUGGGGAGAAUUACUCAGGUGGAGGCCAGAACCAUCUUGGUGCAGCAGAGCAAACGGUCAUUGCACAGAGCCAGCACCACCAGCAGUUCCUAGAUGCAUCGCGGGCACUCCCUGACUUUGUAGAGCUGGACCUAGGACAGAGCAAUACGGAGAACAUCAGCCCAGAGGAUGUUAAAGCUCUCCAGUCCCUUUACAGAGAGCACUGUGAGGCUAUCCUGGAUGUGGUUGUCAACCUCCAGUUCAGUCUAAUUGAGAAGCUGUGGCAAACAUUCUGGCGUUAUUCUCCCCCUGACUCUGUAGAGGGUGCCACUGUAACAGAAAACAGCAGCAUAAGUGAGAUUGAAGCACGGCUCCCCCGUUCACAGCUAUUGGCGCUGUGCAGAAACGAGGCUGUACUCAAAUGGAUGAGCACCUGUGACCAUCUAAUGUACCAGUCCCUUGUGGAGAUCCUCAUUCCUGAUGUCCUGAGACCCAUUCCCAGUGCCUUGACUCAAGCCAUUCGCAACUUUGCCAAAAGCCUGGAAGGUUGGCUUAAUAAUGCCAUGAAUGCCAUUCCACAGAGAAUGAUCCAGACUAAGAUUGCCGCUGUUAGUGCCUUUGCGCAAACACUGCGCAGAUACACAUCUCUGAACCACCUGGCUCAGGCGGCACGUGCCGUGUUGCAAAACACGUCACAGAUCAACCAGAUGCUGAGUGAUCUCAACCGUGUUGACUUUGCCAACGUACAGGAGCAGGCAUCAUGGGUGUGCCAGUGUGAAGAGGGAGUGGUUCAGCACUUGGAGCAGGACUUCAAGGCCACACUACAGCAGCAAAGCUCUCUGGAGCAAUGGGCAGCCUGGCUGGACAAUGUGGUCACUCAAGUGCUCAAGCCCUAUGAGCACCGGCCCAGCUUCCCCCGGGCGGCUCGACAAUUCCUGCUCAAGUGGUCCUUCUACAGUUCUAUGGUGAUAAGGGACCUGACCCUGCGCAGUGCUGCCAGCUUUGGUUCUUUCCAUCUGAUCCGCCUGCUGUAUGACGAGUACAUGUUUUACCUAGUGGAGCAUCGUGUGGCCCAAGCUACUGGAGAGACACCCAUUGGUGUCAUGGGGGAGUUCGACAGCCUCAACACUCUAUCUCUCACUAACAUUGAUAAAGAUGAAACGAGCGGGAUGGACAGCGAUUUAGAAGAGGACACGGAGGAGUCCGGGGAACCUCUUGCCAAGCGGGAGAAGUCCGAGCACGAGGUGAUCCAGGUCAUUCAGGUCGGGGCGCUUGAGGACGGAUCCCACCCUGUGGUGGGCGUCGUCCAGCCAGGUGUACUCCACUCGCUGCCCCAGCCCCCGCAGGACCACACCGAGCACAUCCUAACCCCCUCCGCUGGUACUCCGACCAUCCGCCACUGCAGCGCCACAGGCAACACCUACGCCUCUGUUUGAGGGUCUGAGGGCACGGCUGACCUUGUCUGGCCUGUUUUCGCUGUCUCACUCUCCACAUAUCUUUCUCUCUGUAAGUCUAGAUGUUUCCGUCUGUUUCAUGCAUUGUCUCUGUCUACACUUGUGUGGACACGCUCUCCUCUCACCGUCCAGCCCGGUCAGUGGAGGAGCGCUGAAAUGAUGAUACUUUGGCCGAGAUGUGCUGUCCGUGUCUGACUGCUUAUAUUCUGGAUGUGGUGUCAUCCCAUAAGUCUGUGCUCUAUUACAAUGCGGCAGCUGGUGGAAGGGACGUGGAGGAAAAGGACUAAUUUGACCCGUUAAAUGUUUCCUGGUUAGACAUGAUUUACCGCAUCUGUCUGUCUAUACCGACAGAUUUUAUCUUGAAGGAAAUUUAAACUUCUUCAAACUACUGAUGUCUCAGAGCUCAAAUCCAUGUCACUAGUCCCAGUGGAGCAUCGAUUGACUCAAGACCUUUGCCUAUUGUAUAUAGUUUUGCUGUACUUUGAAUUGGUAUUACCCAAAACUCAUGGUGCUAUCAUUGUGUUUUAUUUGUUUAAAUUUCCAGUUAAUUUUAGUAUGAUUUAUGUCAACAUGCAUUCCAACUGCUGAUAAACUUUUGGCUGAACAAAAAUAUUUUGAGUAUUGUAUGUAGCUGUAUCUAUGACAUUUGAAAAAGGAUCAUGGGGCAGUUUUGUCUGUUCUGUUUUGAAAAUGAUAUGGUAGCCACCCACUGAAAACCACUUAUAGCUUUUAGCCACAGAAAAAGAAACCCUGAAAGUAAUAUCUGUGCUGCUAUUUAUGUAUAUAGAAAUGAGAUUGAGAAGACUGGCUGUACAAAACCACCUCCUCAAUGUUAGCUUUUCUAUGCACUCCGUGCAUAACGCUUGCCUUUGUUCAUUUUAGAUGCUCUGUAGUGUGGUUUAUGUGAUGAGCUGUAAUCUUGAAAACAACUUACUGGACACAUUCCCCUGUUUUCGCAGUUUCUGUCUUAAUGAAAAUUUCUCAAAGUUCGCGAAGGACCAAAAACAAACCAACAAGAGGAAGCUGAGAGUGAGCCAUUUAGGUCGCCCAUGAGCUGUUUCCUGUCCCAUAGUGCCAUGUUGCAGAGCAGAAGGAAUGUCAGGGAUUUAAUGUACCUCGGCUUUAUCAUAGUGCCUUAUCCUUAAAUGCAGCUGUCCUUGUAGUCCUGACUGUGUGGUGUAGAGAGCCCACAGCCCCUCUGCAUUGUCCCAGUCGCAGAUUUGGCUUUCUGGUGAUACGUGGCUGGAUUUGGGCUGGCUCAUCAGUGUUGAGACUAAGGGAUGCAGGCACAGACACACCUGUUGUUUUCUCUGGAUCAGCUCUACUAAGCUUAUUACUUAUCAGAAUCACGGUCUUUAGCCUUGCUCCUGCCCUCACUCUGCCCUCUUGAGGCCUAUUCUUGCAUUAGCCUUUGUUAUCGGGUGAAAUGUGUAUGUGUGCGUAUGUGUGUACAUGGAUGCAUUGGUCUGCACUGUGGGUUUUUUUUGUGUGUGUGUGUGUGUGUCUGCGUGCUUGUGUGUAUGUGUUGGAACACAUCCAUCAGUCACCCUACCUCAAACCAGUGGUGCCAGCCCUUUUGACGCGUGCAGCACAGUCUGUCCAAACCUUAUUGCACACACACCACUGUACUGCACAAAUCUCAACGCGAUAGAGAAAAUCUGCUUUGCUUUUCUCUCACCUCUGAUUACAUUUUCAUUUCCGUUUUUAGCCCAUAAAAUGCUUCAUCCUUUGUUCCCUGUUGAAAGAUCAUCUUUGUACAGUGGACCAAAAGUAGAUAUUUUCUGAUAUUCAAAGAGAUAUAUAGAUAUAUAUAUGUAUAGUAUAUAUAAUGAUGAUACACUACAUAUAUUUGUUGCUUUUUACGUGGUUGACCUGAUUGUUUCUAUGUAAUUGUUUCUUUUGGUAGCUCCUCUGUAAUUAGUUGAUAGACUGUGAAAUGGGGAAGGCAUGGGGACUAACUUCUGAUUCAUUAGACUACGUCUAUACUUGAACUGUUAUAGCCUAUGUUGUGGAGAAUAUUGAGAUUAAUCCUCUAAAUAGGAACAUUUUGUCACAAAUUUUUUUUUGUUGUUUAACACUUUUUUUCAAAUGGUCUGCACCAUUUCUCUGCAUAAAUGUUUAUUUAUUGAUAUUUAUUGUGUUAUGUUUUGGCUUAGAUGCUUAUGCAUAUGUUAAAAUGGGUACUGAUAAUGAAUCAUGAAUUAUACUACUGCAAAGAGCAGACCUACUGUACAGAAGGACUGGGAGGUUUUUUUUAUUUGUUUGUUUUUCUUUGUAAGUCAUGUAUGUAGGUUGAUUAAGGUUUAAAAAAAAAAAAGGGUUGGCACUGUAUUUGCUGUAAUCAGUCCUUUUAGGCAUAUCAAUAGUCAGAAAAUCCUUUAGAUACUAGCAGUACAUGGGAUCUUUGCCAUUUUUUUUUAUCUAGGGUAUGUGCCUGUGUAGAAAAUGUGCUUAACAGUAAAGGAGGGUGGGAAUGUGCAAAUACUGCAUGUCAUUUGGGUUAGUGGGUCUUUGGACACAUCACACUCUGGGGCGACUGACAAGCCCAAAGCCACAGCGUACGGUACACAUCACAUACUGUAGCCUUACCCUGAUCCUGCUGGCUUGAAAUGUCUGGAGUUGUAGAAAUUGAGCGCACGCACACAUACAUACACACACACACACACACACACACACACACACACACACACACACACACACACAAAUCUAGCUUUCCUAUUACAUUGUUGAAGGACAGUUUGAAAAGUCUGCAAGAAAAGGUCAAUGAACUCUAAGUAGCUGGUAGUUUACGGUCUGAGGCAUUUUGUUUACAUCAGUCUGUGACCAUAAUUAAUUUGCAUGAGAGAUUCGCUCCCUGACUGUUGGUAUAAAACUGUUGAACGCAAGUUGGGAGAAAACCGAGAAAGUAGUAAAAAACGUCCAAUAAAAAGCGAUGAAUACGAAAACUUAAGCCCUAGAUCAUCUCUUAUACUUUCUCUAGAGCCUCACAUCAAUCUGAGUUCAUAUAAUAACUGCAAAAAAAUGAAGUACCCCAUUCUUAACUGACUCCCAACACGCACUGAAAUUUUGAGAAUGCGGUUGUAAAAAGCAAUGGAGUUCUCUUCGUGAGUUAAACAUUUUAAAUGCGUUGUAAAUCUGGGUAGUGUGCACUGGUUACAAAUGAAGGUUUUACAGGAUAUUUUUUUCUUUCUUGCCUCUAGCUUUUUUUACCUUUCUCUGAGUGAUUUUUUUUUUUUUUUUAAUAUGAAUCUCAGCUCCCUUGUCAUAUGAAUUAACUACAACACUCUAGAUGGUAACUUGUAUUUCUUUUGAGCCAUAAGUGAAAAUGGCUUAUAAAAUGUUUUCUUUAAAUCUUAAUUAUGUGCUUUAGGAACAUAUGUGCUUUCUGGUUUGCACGCCUACCUGUGCUGCUAGAAACUGUCAAUUUUUUUUUUUUUUUUUUUUUUUUUUACAUAGACUUUCGUGCCAGACAGUGAUUUAGCUUUCUGCAUCUCAAAGCCUGCCUGGUUAACACUGGACUGAUGCUAAUGCUGCCAACACAAUUGUACUUUAUUUCUCAGUGUCUUUAAAAUUGAGAAAUUUUUUUGUAACAGCUGUUUGCAAAUGAGCCCAUUUCCAAACAGAAAACGUUUAAAAAAAAAAAACUAAAAAAAAAGACAAAAAAAACAAAAAAAAACAUAAGCUAUUCCUUAACUUGUCAUAGGAGUGUAAGCUAAGAAAUGCCUCUUCACCUGGACAACAUGGCAGCUUCACUGACCCAUAGCAGACUCCAGUGCCUUUAAUUUCGCCCCGGCCAGAGCAGACGGCCUGGGUGACUCUUGGGUCUCUGGUGGGCUACAGAUAGAGACUAUCAGAGCAGAUAUUUCAUUGCACAGGUGCUGCCGCUGAGAAGACACCAAGGCUGAGGAAACAUAAAGAUCUGUCCUUAGUCUGGACUAUUUAUUAUUAACUGGACGCAACACCACAGACACACACAAACACUUAGUAGUUUACACGUGGUAGAUUACCUGAAGACGGCUUUUUAUUGUAUAGAACUAUCGGUUAAUUAAGGAGAGCCACUGUAAGUAAAAAAUGCUCUCUUACGACUUGUUUUCUCAUGAUCGUGAUUUCUUUUGUCAAAUGAUAUUUUCUGAAUGCUGUGACCUGUUUGAGAUUUGUAUUUGGAUGUUUUCAAGUGCCAUUUGACAGUCUAGUGAGUCGUGGCCAUCUGUAGCGCGCUCUAAUGCAAGCACAAGCAUUUGGCAGUGGCAUUUGGGGAAGGUUUUUAUUUUGAUUCACCCUAGACAAAAAUAUGUAUAUAUCAAAAACUGAAAAGGUAUAUUUAUUUGUGUCCUAAUUAUUUGAUUUGUUCUUUUGGUGAACAUUUUAUCAGAUAUGUUGGCUAAAGUGUGAUUUCUUUUUUUUUUUUUUUUUUUUUUUGGAUAAUGUAUAGUAUCUGAUAUAAUAUAUACACACAAAUUUCAUGUGACUUUCUUUCUGUGUGCCGUUAAGUUUUCUUCAUAUACUGUAUCUUUUCAAAUUGGCAAGCAAACCAAUGCGUGUAGGGUGAUUUGUAUUGUGUAUUUUACAUAAAAACGAGGACAAUUGGGGGACUUUUAUAUUUAUAAAGACAUUAUCAUUUAGUGUGUCGUAUUGAUGAAUAUAGAAACUAUUAAAGACACAUGUAGUUUGGUUUUCUGAAUAUUUCAGAUCUCAGCUCAGGCUAGCUUCUUAGUGUUGUUUUCUUAAAAUUUGUGACUUGUCUUUGCAGUAAUAAACGUUUUCUUGUUCAAAGUCAAGUGUCCUUUCUCAUAACUUCUAUGCAUUAAUCAAAUUCCACUUUAAAAAGAUUUAAUGGCUGCUAAACAAUAGUGUUAGCCCAUUAAAUUUUAUUCAACCAUAUUCAUACAUAUAAACACCAAUAUCAUUCAAACUCAGUAUGGAUUCAGAAUGUUUGACAUUGUAAAGAUUAAGAUGAGCAUGAGCUUGCAUUUCCUGAAAAUUGUACAGCAUUUUUUUUUUUUUUUUUCAAUCAUUUUCAGUCAUGACCAGAGUGGUUCAUCAAUGUAAAGGUAGCAAAAAGAGUAUAAAAUACUGCAACAGCUGUAGGUAAACAGAGCUCCAAAUACCAAAAUAUUGUUUGAUCAAGAGUGCUGAGCAAAAACUAAAAUCAUUCAGUUUUACAAGCGACAAAACACUGAAAUGACUGCAGUCUGAUAACCUUUUCAUGUUUCAUAGGGUAUAUUUGGCAUCAGUAUGGCUUACGCUUCCUCUCACAGUUCAUUCCUCGCUUCCUUUGCUCAGCUAUUGUCUAGAAUAGUGUCAUCCAAGUAAAACUCAAAUUAAAAUGGGUGGCGGUGAGCCAUGUUAAAGCCAUACUCCACCCAAAAGAUGCCUUUGAGUAUCAAAUACUCACCCUGUAGGUUUGAAAGGUGGUUGUUAAAUUGUAGUUCAGUCUUACAUUAAGUACAGUGGUGCCGCUGUAUAUUUAUAAUCUCUGUGUGUUUCAAACCGUCAUUAUUUUACCAAAAUACAGCUGAACACAUCUUUCAAACCUGCAGUAGAUGAGUGCAUUUGCAGGUCCCUUGAUUUUAGACUAAUCUCCUGGAAAUUUCCUGCGUAAUUUGCUAGGAUGUAAUGGAUCAUUUUUAGGGCAUUUUACAGAAAGGCUGGUGCAAUUUGUUAAAAAUGAUAAGUGCUAGGUUGGUUUGUUUGUUUGGUACAAGGUCUCACUCAUUAUAUUUGGAUUCAUAUGUAGUUGUUCAUUUGCAAAAAAUAUUAAUGAAUUAGAGUCUUGACUGACAGAAAACCAGUUUUCACUGUGUAGUUUUGUGUAUCAAAUAAGACAUUGGCAUAUUAGAUUAUUUAUUAAAAACCCUUUUUAGCUGUAAUACUGAAGCUACUUUCAGGAAAUUGUUGAAAAAAUGUCCUGGAAAUGAAAAGGAAAGUUAGGGAUCCGUAAAAUAAAGUGUUACCAAAAUUGUUCAUAGAUGUUCACUCGUAGCAUUUUUAAGAAACAACCUCAUAUGCUAAUAUAUCGUUCAUCGUUGUCUUAUCAUUUGUACCAAAUUGCACCAAAAUGUUUUGCAAAAUGUCCCAAAAAAUUAACUGUUAGAAAUUACUCUUUUACAUUUUCAGAAAAUUAGUAGAAAAUGAAGGGAUCUGUAAAAUAAAGUGUUACCCACAAAACAUACAUUUUGCGCAGUGUAUCACAAUUUUCAUGGAUCUCACCAAGAUCAUCAUUAGCAAGAAAAUACGUUUCAACUAUGCUAGGAGAUUAUAUGGAUACAAGUAACCACACAUGAGACUAUGAAACAAGACAAAAUACUUUAACAAAUUAAUAAAGUGCUAAUGGACACUAUGUGGGCAUCUAAUUAAAAAAUGACUAUUACAAAUAAUGAUAUUACACAGAUUUGUCUUAUCAACCGUUUCCUUUUGAAAAUAUUUCGAAUAAACUUUGGGGUGUGAAAAACGUCCAUAGAAAAACAUCACUUCAUAAUGUCAUAACAGCCUUGACUGGUUGUAGGAUAACGGAACGGUUUAAUGGUCUUGAAAGAGAAGCUAAAACAAGCUUUUCAAAUGCUCUCGUUAAAAACAACUAUUCAAAGGGGAAUAUAAAU